AUGGCUAGGGUAAAGGAGCAGGAGCGGGAGAUGCGAGAGAACAGCUUCGCCUGGGAUGCCAAAGGAAGCGAGAGCGUGGAGGAGGAGUGGUCAGGAUCCGAGGUGACGGAGAAUGGGAGGGGGGCGUACCAAGUCGUGCACGUGCUCGUCCCCAACAAGGCCGUGAGCUUUUUGAUCGGAAAGGCGGGCAUUAAUGUCAUCGCGAUUGAGAAGAAAAGCGGGGCAAAAGUGGAAUUUACUCGGGAGGCAAGCCCCCCGGCGGCAGAGCGACUAGUAAACAUAAAGGGUAAUGCCAAAGCGGUGAAAAUUGCGGAGGCUCUUCUAGAGGCGAAGACUUUGGAAUGGCAGACGAGUCCGACUCUGAUUCGGUAG